UAAAAUCUUUCAUCUUUCAUUAGUAUUCGCGUUGUGUUUAUUCACGCCCGUCAGACUUCGUAAACAUUAAUAUGGCCAGCGAAAAAUCUCCACCCUCAGUUCCUAACAGCAUUAAAUUUUUAAUUGGCGGCACCUCCGGAAUGGCUGCUACUUGUUUUGUCCAACCAUUGGAUCUGAUCAAAAAUCGCAUGCAAUUGAGUGGCACAAAGACUUCAACGUUGAGCAUUGUUUCUUCGAUAUGUAAAAAUGAGGGUGUUAUGGCCAUGUACUCUGGCUUAUCAGCCGGCCUAAUGAGACAAGCAACUUACACAACGACCAGACUUGGUAUUUAUACCUGGUUGUUUGAGCUUGCAUCAGCAAAUGGACAACCAAAUUUUCUUACAAAAGCUGCUCUGGGAAUGACUGCCGGUUGUGUUGGAGCAUUUGUUGGCACACCUGCAGAAGUUGCACUUAUUAGAAUGACCGCUGAUGGAAGAUUGCCACUUGCUGAGAGACGAAUGUACAAGAACGUUUUCGACGCUCUGUUCCGCAUUAUAAAAGAGGAAGGAUUAUUCACUCUGUGGAGAGGAGCGAUUCCGACUAUGGGCCGAGCCAUGGUUGUGAAUGCUGCACAACUGGCAUCUUAUUCUCAAGCUAAACAAGCCCUUUUGGAUACUGGAUACUUCGAAGAAAAUAUAAUGCUGCAUUUUGCCAGUUCGAUGAUUUCGGGAUUAAUAACGACUGCAGCAUCAAUGCCUGUAGAUAUCGCAAAAACUAGGAUUCAAAACAUGAAAAUGAUUGAUGGCAAACCCGAGUUCAAAGGAACCAUCGAUGUUUUGACGAAAGUAGUACGGAACGAGGGUAUAUUUGCUCUGUGGAAAGGAUUCUUUCCUUACUACGCUAGACUGGGGCCUCAUACUGUCUUGACAUUUAUUUUCCUUGAGCAAAUGACAGCCGCGUAUAAGCAACGUUUCGCGUAACUAGGACAAUCGACAUAUCGAAAAAAUGGCGUGCCAGAAUCGCGAACGAGAAACGAGAAGCAUACAAAUAAGCUUGGAGUCUGAGAAGACUAGCAUUGUUUUUUUGAAAAAACCUCUUUUUUUCUGAAUCGUAUAUUUUUUUUUAUCGAUUUUUAGGAUCGUAGGGAAAAAAAAGGACAAUAUUUUUUCAGUGUGUAAAUACAUUUUUUCGUAAAACGCACAAAGAUCAAUCAUUUUUGUAAUUCAAGCGAAAAACAAACUUUGUCAUUCGUUCGAAUCCGCUUGGAAUUAUUUAUAUUUAUUCAAUUUUUCAUGUUCUUUUCUUUUUUUUUUUUUUUGUUUUACAGUAUCGAAACUUGGAACAUUCACACAAAGUCAUAAUUUUUCAAAUCCCCGAAUAUCCAUAUGAUCGUAUACGUCUGAAGUUAACAAAUACAUUCUAACAACAUUCGCAAAUAUAAUUUCGAUCGAGCUCGGCUGGCACGAAACUCGAUACUCUAUUCAUACAUAUAUUUAUAUUUAUGUUGAUGUUACGUAUAUGUAUAGAACUUCAUAUAUAAAAAAAAUUGUUAUUGUAUACGUCGAAUUGAGGCAAUGAAUAAACCGUUAUUUUACAAA